AAAAAAAAAGAAAAAAGAGGAAAAUCGGCAUUGUCCACAUUCAUUGAGAGCACAUCUGCAUCAGAAAAUAACCCCGCUGAACAAUGUUCUUAGUGUUCAGCAAUAAAGCGACAUAAUAAACACACAGAGCUGAAAAACAGAUACAGCAAUCUAAUUAAUUUCUUUGUAGCUUCAGAUCUCCAAAUGCUGAAAAGAACAUUUUGUAUAUGAAGUGACUGUAUAGGCAUGGCUUUGCUGUGACUUCCUAUUGUGCUGAGCUACUGGUAAUGGAAACUUUUACUACACUGCGUUCUUCUGAGCAACUUCCCUAGUUGUGGUUUUCUGCUAUUCCCCUGAUAAAAGCACCAAAGUGGUGAGAGUUUAGCAAGUAUGUAAAACUCUCGCAUGAAUUUGACACAAGAGUUCUCAAAAGCAAAACUGCACUAAAUUGGAGACACCCAAACUAGGUCAUUUCUCAUCUGUUAGCACAGCAGGUGCUAUUCUGAUGUUUAAUUUCAAUGUCUCCUUUGAUUUAGUUCCGAAGAGUUUUGACAGAAUUAGGGAGUGCAAUGGGAAAUACUGUGAAAACGCUGAGAGCCUCUGAAGAAGCAAAUGUGCCAAGCCAAACGGGUCAGGAAAGUGAUUUCCUUGCUGUCCUCUAUGACUACCCUUCAGCAGACAUAAGCCAACCUAUAUUUCAUGUAGGGGAAAAGCUACGUGUGCUAUCAGAUGAAGGAGGCUGGUGGAGAGUCCAUUCCCUUACAACAGGUCGAGAAAACUAUAUUCCAGGAAAAUAUGUAGCAAAGGUUUACCACGGCUGGUUAUUUGAAGGGCUGGGAAGAGAAAAAGCAGAGGAACUUCUACAGCUACCCAACACCAAGGUCGGCUCCUUCAUGAUCAGAGAGAGUGAAACUAGGAAAGGGUUAUAUUCAUUGUCAGUGCGGCACAGGCAAGUGAAACAUUACAGGAUCUUCCGCCUUCCAAAUAACUGGUAUUACAUCUCUCCACGGCAAACCUUUCAGUGCCUUGAAGACCUCGUGAAUCACUACUCAGAAGUUGCUGAUGGUCUCUGCUGUGUCCUUACAACACCUUGUCUUACCCAGUGCACUAACAACAACAGCGUAACGAAUCAAGUUCCUCCUGUGGUGAUGCGGAACAAAAACUUCAACUGGAGAAAUAUUCACAGGCUGGAGAUGACUGAAGAUACUGAAAGCACCCUGGCAGCAAUGGAUGAUUCUUGUCUCAGCUAUGGCCUGAGGGAAAGUAUUGCUUCCUACCUCUCUUUAACAGGGGAUGACAACAGUUCUUUUUCAAAUGCCAGAAAGAAGAAAGCCCAAUCCCUAAUAUACACAGGGAGCAAACAUAAGAGUACCCUUCACUUGCCACCUACAUACUAUGAAGACUAAAUGUAAGACAUCCAGGGGAAAAAAACAAAACAAAACAAAACAAAACAACUAAGGGGUUAGAAGAGGAACCCAGAGCAUCCUGUGAUCCUGCAGUCCUUCAACAGCUGAGAGAUACAAGCACACCUGCUGGUGAACAAAUUCUGCCAAUGCUUCUGCAUUUCCUCUUCUGAAAGUCUACCAGAGACCUUUUUAAGGGUGCUAUCUCAGUCCUGUCGUAUGUUGAGAGUGUACCCAGUUCACCUGAAAUUAGAAUGUGCUCACAAGCAGGAUAAACUGAGGUGGACUCUAAGUCAAAGUGAGGCAGAUGAGUCUUCAGCAAGGGCGAUGCCCACCAUUGUACAAAGGUGAUUGCAUAGGGAAGAACUAAACAUAGCUCAAGAACUUAAUUUAAGUCUUACUCUGGUAUUGUUCACAAGACUGAAAACUAUCUUUACAGAACCUAUUUUCACUGAGAAAAAGAGCCUUUUUCUUCUUGAUAUAGAAUCAUGAAUUGUCAUUGACAAUGGGUCAGAAAGUCCUCAAUAACCCUAAGAAAGUAUCUAACAUCUGGCAUCCAAGAAACACCUGAUAAUAUUGACUCCAUAAUUCUGUCAUUUUUACCUUUUAGGAGAAAAAAUUAAAAUCACUGACUUUCCAAGUGGCUUUUAAUUCAACUGCUGGUAAUGGUCUGCAGUGUCAUAAAGUGGUCACAAAAUUAAGAACAGGAUUAAUUCGCUGACAAAAGCAGUUCCUGUUGAGCCCUGAUCUGGGAUUACAAGCAUAUCCAAAAGCAUAACUCAGCUGCUCAUAGUCUACCAGAUACACAACAGAGAACAAAGGGGUUCUUAAGUGAAAAGUAAAAUGUGGUAAUAUCACGCCUAACUGCAAAGGUGUGACCUUUUGUGUGUGGAGGACCAGAUUUUUUCCUCAUCUUCUGAAGAAACUCCCGUAUUUAUGUAUAAUAUUUAUAUUAAUAGCAGCUUUUUAAAAUAAUUAAACUAAGAGAGCUAAUCAGCAACAGUGGAUGUUAGUUUUCCGAAUUUCUUGUCUGAAGAGAGUUAUGUCAAAUAGUAAUGACACAUCUCAUCAAACUGCUUAAAGAAUUGUAACUGGGUUAUCUGAAAUUUCAUGAGUUAGAAAAUUUUUCUCUAUAUAUUUACCCUUUGCUAAGUGAUAAACGAGCAGCUAACAUCGUCAUUUGAGCCUGAUUUGUGAUUGCUUUCUAAUCUAGUCACUCACAUCUAGGGGUGUAAAAUGCUGCAAUCCAUGAUCUCAAGGAAAGACCUUUUCAAUCUAAUAUUCUGUCAUACUUUUUGCACAGAUUUGAGUAAUGAAAGUUUGGAGAGAUAAGGAAUUGGAGUUUUACAUAUAUAUAUAAUUUCCUUUGUAAAUACCUCUUAACACAAAUCUGUGUCCUCUUUAGACCUUGUAACAGAUCAUUUGCACUAGCAAGAGAUUCACAAAUCAAAAUAGGUCACAGCCUAUUUCAAUAGAUUUCAGAACUUAAAGGAUGAAUGUAAUUUGGCUGGUAAACUUUGAACACCACAAAGCAAAAUGAACUCAGGAGCUCCAGGCAUUUGUAUAAUCUCCUUACUGUUAGUGAUCAUUAAUAUGUUAUGGUGACUGCAUCUUAUCCAGUGAAAAGUACAUGGGGAACAUUAUAGAUUUCUAAGUCAUGACUUGUAUUUAUUCAUUAAAAUAAUAUCCAGUA